GACCAAGGUCGGAUGAAUUAUUGAUUAGCUGCGGUAUAAAAGAUCCGUUUCAGUUGCAUCUCUUGCAAUAGUUGCAUUUUGAGUUUGUCUGAGAAAACAAAAAGGAUACAAUCUUUAAUCAUGCUUCUGAAAUGCACCUGGCUUCUGCUUUUGGUUUUGUCCUUGAUGGCGGGAACCCUGGCGGGCAGCGUAUGUCCUUCGGGAUUUAAUGCUGAGAGCAGUCGGUGCGUCCAGCAGCGUCCUAUCCACGGAUCCUGUCCCCCCGGAUCAACCUACAGCCUCAAUAUUAACAAGUGCGUCCACGCGUAAGGAUCUCAUCGAGUUUAAGACCUAAUUGAAAUGUUAAGGUCAAUGUGCAAUGUAUAAAUUUACUCUUAUUAAAUUUAUCGAUCUGA